AUGGAUCCUGCUGCGCAUCCCACGCUCAACAGCGUCUUUGACGGGGCAUCGCCUCUCAAGCACCGCUACGACCCCGUCCAAUUGACAUCGAACGACAUCGUGCCGAUCUUCGAGCUGCCCCUCGCGAAGACGGUUUUGGGCCACGACACCGAUGCAGACACCGUUGCCAAAGUCGCGCAAGGCGAGGUCUCUUAUACAAGCUUUGUCGCCAACCAGGCUCGAGCCGCUCUCCACACCCCGCGCGACGGCCUGAACCCCGAGCAGAAGCAAUCGCAACUCCUACACCUUGGCCUGGCUGCGCUUUUCAGCUUCUUGCAGUCAAAUGUCACCGGACCUCCCUUGGACUUCAACUCGGCUGAGCUGGUUCUCCCAUCGGAACUGCGAAGCAACAUAACUACCCUCCGCGCUGUUCGAAGCAAGAUCGUUCGAGGCCUUUCCGUCGACGGAGAGGCCGCCUACCAACUCACGCCCAACCCGGAGCUCUUCUCUAUCGCCAAGGCUCUUCUUGCUGAUAUCGAUAAUGAUGGGGCCUUGAUGGCAAAGACUGCGCGCAUGCGUGUGAAUUUCCUUCAUCAGAAAAUGCUUUCUGAAGUCACUGGCACACUCCAGGACCUGAUCUACAAUGACCUCGGGGAGCUGGCCAAGGCCGAACUGAAUGCGGACGAAAGGGGACGGUUUUUGUUGGAGCGUUCCAUUAUCUACACGCACCACGGCUUGGAUGGCAAGGCCCGCGCGGAUCUGGACCAAGCGGCCACUGUGCGGCAGUUCGAGUUUGCACUGACCGGAAAACUGGGCAAGCGGACGAAAUUCCAGGACCGCGACAUCAGCCAAUUGGUUGUCAUAGCUAAAAGCUCGGAUGAAGCAACAAAGUCUACUGAGCCAUCAGGACCCCAGAACCUGGAUCUCAAUGACGAUACCCUUCUUGAAGCAAUCUCCUUUGCCGACCAGAAGUCGUCAACGGUGCAAGAAGAGCUCUCGCCGGUCUUGGCUUCUGUGGACGCUAAUAACCAGCCGAUUCUCAACCCGGUGGACUCUGCUCUUUUGCUUGCACUGGCAUCCUCCAUCACCAAUACGGCACCCGAGAACGGUCUCACCCGGGAGGAAACACAACCUUAUGCGACUCGUGUUCUCGAGGGUGGCAGUUCGAAUUGGCAGAUUUACACCCAAGCUCUCUUAGUUCGAAGCAGGGUUGAAGGAUACCGCUCGCGCACGGUCGAGCGAGCUGUACUACAGAUGCAGGCUCUUGUGGAUCAGGUCAUCGCAGACACGGCAACCGACGACUCAGCGGCCCAACAGCCCUCAUCGGAGCCAACCACUUUCCUGCCGCGGCCUGAAAAGUCCGAGUCAGCCUCUGCCGCUGACCGACUGGCAUAUAUCUGGCUACUCGACUUUUCGACCAGAUGGGAUCUGGAGUCCGAGCUUGCAAAACGCUGGGUUGACCUAGGCGGUCUGCGCACAGCACUCGAAAUCUAUGAGAGGCUGCAAAUGUGGGCCGAGGCCGCGCUGUGCUAUGCGGCGACGGAACGGGAGGCCAAGGCUCAAAAUAUUUUGCGCCGUCAUCUUUACCAGGCGACUGGUCCGAAUGAAGAGGACGAGAAUGAACAAUUCACUGGGCCAGAGCGGUCCCCUCUACCGGCAGACGCCCCUCGUCUUUUCUGUAUUUUGGGAGAUAUCUCCAAGGACGAGAAGAUGUACGAGCGCGCUUGGGAUGUGUCUGGGCAGCGAUAUGCUCGGGCUCAGCGCUCACUGGCUCGCCACUAUCUAGCCCUCACACCACCUGAGCUUGAGAAAGCCGAGGAGGCAUAUCGCAAGAGUCUGCACGUCAACCAGCUCAACCACGGCGCAUGGUUUGCUCUCGGAUGUGUGCAGCUUGAGUUGCAAAAGUGGCAGGAUUCCACGGAUUCCUUUACCCGCGCUGUUCAAAUCGAUGACACCGACGGACAAGCGUGGAGUAACCUUGCUGCGGCCAUGCUGCGAACAUCUGCACCCGAGACGACGCCUGAUGCGCCGGAUGAGAACGCCGACGGAGAUUCUGCGGAGGAGACAGACCCGCACAAACGCAAGCGCGAGGCCCUAACCGCUCUGCAGCGCGCUGCACAGCUCAAACACGACGACGCCCGGAUCUGGGAUAACUUGCUAACAGUGGCCGCAUCAAUUCCGCCGCCGGUCACUCCCUUCCGCGACGUGGUUACAGCGCAAAAGCGCCUAAUUGAGCUUUUGGGAGCCAAGAAGGGCGAGAGGUGCGUCGACGUCCGGAUCCUAGGCAUGCUGGUCGACUUCCUCGUCACAGCUUUUGACUACGAGUCCCUCCUCAUCAAGCCAGAGGCCGGAUCAUCCGCUCCUGUUGUGCGCACCGGCACGAUCCCAGGCCAGAUUCUUUCCUUGGUCGACGACAACGUCGUUCCUCUGAUCACACACUCUUCUACACUGUGGCUCCUUGUAUCCCGCGUCGAAAUGUUCCGCGAGCGUCCGGCGCGUGCCCUCGAAGCCCACGAGAAGGCAUGGCGCGCGGCCGUUGCUGCUUCCGCUCAGGGUGCGUUCCAGAUGGGCGACGAAAAGCCCUGGCUUUUGAUUGUGCGCGCUACGGAACGGCUUGUUCGCGAGGGCUAUGCCCGGUACGGCCCGAUGGACCGCGAGGACCAGAAGAGCGAAGGCGAUGCGGAAGUCGAGCUUGUGGCGCGCGAUUGGCGGUUCAAGGCAAGGAGUGCGGUGCGAGGGAUCCUGGGCAAGGGCAAAGAUUUCUGGGAGGACUCCGAGGGCUGGAACCGGUUGAAGGAGUUGCAGGGUGAGGUGACGGGGAACUAA